AAUAAAAGAGUCCAUGAAAUGAACCAUCUUCCUGUUGGUCGACAUAGUUGAAUCUCUAAAAUGGCAUCUUCAUCAAAACCCAUCAUCACGUUGGUCUUCAUCCCCAUACUUGUCUCAUUCUUUGGCACUAUCUCCCAUGGCACUGUCGUUGAAACUGAUAACAUAACCACCACAAACGUUGGUGUAAUCAUCGAUGUUAAUUCUCGUAUCGGCAAAGAACAAAUGACAGCCAUGAAAGUAGCUGUUGAUAACUUCAACAACAAGCUCUCUCUCUAUUUCAGUAGCUCCGGCGGAGACCCCUUGCAAGCAGCUUAUGCUGCUGAUCAACUAAUUAAGGAGAAGCAAGUGCAAGUGAUUAUAGGCAUGGAGACAUGGGCGGAAACAGCUUUAGUAGCCAAAAUCGGAAACCAAGCACAAGUUCCAGUUAUUUCACUUGCAGCUGCAAUUGGAGCUACCAAAACGACUCAAUGGCCUUUCUUGAUACAAAUGGUUACUAACUUUUCUAAUCAGAUGGAUUGUACUGCAGCUCUGGUUCACUCAUUCAAGUGGCGAAGGGUCAUCGUUGUCUUUGAAGAAGACAUGUUUUCCGGUGAUUCCAACAUGCUAGCUAUGUUAUCUGAUGCACUUCACAAUGUUGGCUCAGUUAUUGAGCAUCAUUUAGUCAUUCCACCAUUUCAAUCUCUAUCUCAUCCCCUAGAGUUUGUUCGUGAGGAGAUGAUGAAAUUGAAUAACAUACAACCUAGAGCUUUCAUCGUUCUUCAAUCAUCAUUACAAUUUACUAGUCUCUUGUUUAGUGAGGCAAGGAAGAUGGGAUUCAUAGGAAAAGACUCAGCUUGGGUAAUUACAGACACCAUUGCAAGCUUCUUGGAUUCUGUUAAUUCUUCUUUCAUCUCUUCUAUGGAAGGUGUUUUUGGAAUCAAGAUAGACUAUUCGGAAAACACUACUUCAUUUCAAGAUUUCAAAAAACAAUUUCAGCAGAGCUUCCGAUUUGAAUAUCCAGAAGAAGAUAACUCUAACCCUGGCAUUUAUGCUCUGAGAGCAUACGAUAGCAUUGCAACUGUUAUAGUCAAGGUUCUAAAUAUCGACCGGUACGUCCCGUACCGGCCGGUUCGUACCGGAAAAUGGGAUGGCCGAGUCGGAUACUCACCGGUAUACCAGCGAGAAUGAAUUUCACGGCCGUAGCGUCCGAGUCCCGGUACGUAACGGCCUGAAACCGAUACAUUGGGCGAUACGGUCCGAUACAGCUUGGUUGUCGCCGGUACGGAUGAAAUAAAGCGCAGAGAGCUGCUCGUCUCCGAUGCUGUUUCUGGUUUUGGAUUGCUGGUCUUCGCUAAAGUGGGAGUGCAACUGUGCAACUAUAAGGUUCACGACGAGGUCGUGAUGUUCUUCGGCGGCAUCCGGCGUGUUUCAAAAUCCUUUCUGGGUCGUGCGCCAUUGAAGCUUUGAGGCUACAGCAGCAAGCAGCCUUUAUAUUCAUAUUUUAUAUAAAUGUCUAGUGAUAGUUUUGGGCCAAAAUAUUUUACUCAAGAUAGUUGGUGGGUUGUUUUGGGCAAUCUUGGCCCAUAUGUUUUUUAACCAACUCGUGGGUCUAGUUGGUAAUACCACUGGGUUGGUGUACUGGGUAUACUGUCUAGUUGGUAUACUGUUGUGGGCCAAAUUUGCAAAAAUGAUAAAAUUGAGUUUUGGGCCAAAUUUGCAACUUUGGUAUACUGUCUAGUUGGUAUACUAUUGUGGAUUUAUUUUAAAUCGUAGAUAAUUGUAAGUUAUAAUUGAGACUAAAAUAAAUACAUAUCAUUUAGUUAAAAAUGAGUUAAAAGUGCCCAUAUAUAUCAAAAUUUUGAU